UUGUAGCGUACGAUGGGAUGACCGGCUGCCUGCAAAGGCUAGUUUUUCGGGCCAGAAAACCAAAACAGUGGGGUUAAAGAAGAUGAACGGACUCCACAGAGCAGAAGGAAACUGCAGAGUCGGGCGAUGCGUCUUUCUUGUGGAGAAGCUGCAGAAGACCAGCCCCUAGCAGGCUGCUCCCUCUGCUGCUCUGGCCUGUGCCGGCCCAGGAGGCGUUGCCUGUGAUUUCUGCUGUGGGACCAAACCCAACAAAGCCACUGCGUCCAGCCUGAUUUUCCAGUCUCUGAACUUCCUGUGACUCUCCACCCUUUUCACCCGGUGCUGCUCCUCUGCGGUCCUUCAGAGAUGUGACUGACUGUCAAUUAGAGACUGUCCUUAGGGAUGCAUGGCCCAGGAUCUCUGCCACGGGUAACAUACGGAAACACACAAAUCCCGACUCGCAGAAUGGCUCCAUUCAUGUCUGCCGGUGUUUAAGUCACAAAAGAAGACGACAGUGUCGGGACCUUGCUCCAGCAGGAUUGGAGUGUAUCUGGAUUACAGAGCGAGCACUCUGUGUUUUUAUCAUGUCUCAUACCCGAUUGUUCUGCUCCACAAAGUCCACGUUCACCAGGCCUCUUUAUCCCAGGCUUGGGCUGGAGUAUGAAUGGUAUGAUGUUGGAGUGUUUGCACAGCUGGUCAAGUUAUGGCAGUAAAGGUAACAGCGAUUUGGAGUUUUUUCUGUGAAAUCCGACCUAGGGGAUUUUUGUCAGUGCCAAAAAACUAAAAAUAAAUAGAUAAAAUUACUGCAGCUACAAGAAAAAAGAUAAAGAUGGAAGAACAAAAGAAAAAAAGUUCUACUUCUUAAUUCUCUUGAAAUGUUUUGCACACAAAAACUUUUGCAUUGUAGCUUGAAAUGUUAAGCUUCCUGUGUUGACUGCUUGACUGGUGGGUUAGGGCUUUGUAACAGACUGAUAUAUUGGCUUUAGACAAUUGGUAUCAGUGUGUUUGUGUGGAUCAAAUGUAAUGAAGGAGGGAAGGUAACAGAGCCUUAAAGCCGCGAUAAAGCCUGCCUUACCUUCAAUGAAGUAAAUCCGCACAGUUCCACUCUGUAUGUCUGUUGUCUUGAGAGAAGGCUUUGUUUGCUUUCUGUUGGUGGUUGAGAACGACAUAAGACUAAAGGCUUAUCCAGAGGGUUUUCAUCCCUGGCAAGAAAAAACGGCAACCUGCAAGUUAUUGCAAGCGCUGAAGUUGGUUUUGAAGAUGUGGAAAUUUUGCCUGGAACAAGGUCAAACCUUCGUGAACCACAUGAAUCAGAUAUCAGCAUGUCUUGAUUAUAAAACGCAUUCUGAUCGGUUGGAUUGUGCUUGUGCUUUCUAAUAUCAGCCCAACAUUGACCCAGUCAUCUUGUAGCAAGAGGGUCCUGAGUCUAAAGUCCCUCUGCUGUCCUCUAGUGGAUUAGUGAGCCUAUUACAUGCUUUUCUGUGCUUUUGAUCUGGACCUUCUUUUUCAUGGACUGAAUUUGGCUCCUUUGUUUCACAGAGGUGGAAAUGUUAUAUUAUAUUUCAGGCAAUAGAGCGUAACAGCUUAGGAAAGGUCUAUUUUUGUUUCGACAUGAGUGUGCAGUGUGCAGAGAACUGGUUUUCCCAGUUCCGUGUACAGAACUGAGGCCUUUUUGGGAUGAACUGGAGAGCCAACUGUGAGCCCACACCAUCCUCCCCAAGAACAUGGCAGUGCACUGUAGACGACCCAUAUUUAGAUAUGCUGUUAAGCAACCUCUAGUGGGUGUAGUAAUUAUGACGGGAGCAAAGGAGGAAGUCACGUGGUGUAGCAUCAAGAGCGACUAAGUCCGUGUAGGGAGGAGGCCACUGUUCGCGUCCCAUGUCAAACCAAAAGUCAACGUUGACUAAUUUCUAACCAACAUACUUAUCCCAGCCCGAACCACAAACCUUAAAGCUAAUCAAGUAUUUCCAGAGUCUAAACUACAUGAUAAAGUCCAGUCGCUGGUACUCUUCAACAGUCAAAUAUGUCCUUUCGGGAGCCAUCGCCAAACAACUUUGUCGUUCAGGUAUGGGGACGCGUUACUGAGCCUGGCCUGACGCUCUCCUGGCUGAAUGGGCGCUCGCAGCCAGGCUCCUCCUGUCUAAAACUGAGAUUCAUGCCAUGUGGUUUUCAAAUGACGUCUUCAGCAAACACACAUGGGUAGACCCAUGUGGGUGUCCACAUACUUUUGGCCAUGUAGUGCAAUUAGAUUUUUAUGGAUUACAUUUAAGAUAUCUAUCUUUUGAAAUAUCAGCUACCACUUUGAUUCAUUAGGCGGUGAACAGACUUUGGUUUGCGAAUCUGUUUGCGCUUCAUGCGAACCAACCCUUCAGGACGACGCCGCACAGAUGGAAUUCCUCGCUCGCCGUUUGAGGAUGUUGACAGGCAGCCAGGGCAGAGGCCUGCCAGGUAACGGGGGACACACCUUCCCCUUCUCAAAGCGCUGCAUGUUACUGCAAGCAUGAAAUAUCAAUCAAUGGAGAGCGACAGAGCGAGAGAGAGAGAGAGAGAGAGAGAGAGAGUGGGUGGGGGGAAGACGUGGGAAGACGAAAGUGUUAAAAGAAAAGGAGGAAAAUAUAACAUUUGCAACAGAUUCAGACUCCUUUUCCAGCUCUGGGUGUCUCUUCUUUCUCCUGUUGGGAUUUUACAGCCGAUGAACCGGUGACAAGGAUGGCAUAUAUUAAUGCAUCCUCCAGUGCAGGUAAUGAGACCAUUGUGGAUAACCCGACUGGCACCACUAUGGGCGCCCUCAUCCUGAGCUUCGUCUUCCUACUGGGCUUCCCUGGAAACCUCUUCAUCAUCUGGAGCAUCAUGGCACGCGCCCGAAAGCAGUCCGUCACCACCCUCCUCAUCCUCAACCUAGCUUUCGCUGACGGCUCCCUGAUGGCUCUCACCCCGUUCUUCAUCGUCUACCUGGUUUUGAAGAAGUGGGUGUUUGGGAAGGUGAUGUGCAAGGUCCUCUUCUACCUGUGUCUGCUCAACAUGUACGCCUCCAUCCAGCUCAUCAUGCUCAUGAGCGUCUACAGGCUGGUGGCGGUGCUGUGGCCGCAGCGCCUCAGCCUUAUCACUGGCCGGAGGACGGUGUUGCGGGUGCUGGCGGUGGUGUGGGUGCUGGUGAUGGUCGCCUCGGUUCCUGCAAUGAUCUUCAGGAAAGUGGAGCAUAGGAGAAACACUUUGGUGUGCGAUUCAUUCCAUGACGAAAACAGUCACGUGGUCCUCCAGUACACGCUGGAGCUUGUGUUGGGCUUUUUAAUUCCCUACGGGGUCAUUGUAGUCAGCUACAUAUGCAUCUUACGGCGGAUCCGCAAGACCAAGUUCGGCCGCCGCAUUCGUAGCGAGAAGCUCAUCCUGGCCAUCGUCUUGACCUUCUGCCUGUUUUGGUUGCCUUACCACAUCAUCAACAUGGUGCAAGUUACAUGGGCCUUGUGUCCACCCGGUUCAAUGAAACAAUUGUUGGAUAAAAUAUGGCACAGGAGCCGUGCUGUCACCUCCUCCAUAGCCUUCAUCAGCAGCUGUGCCAACCCGGUGCUGUACUUCUUCGCAGGGAAGUCUUACAUCCGGAGGGAGGGGCUGGCGUUCAUGGCCCGCUUGUUUGAGGGCACGGGGCUGGACUCAGCUAACAGGAAGAGCCGACAAAACAGCCAGAACAGCCGCGACAAAGACAAAGACGCAGAUGCCGUCAUGCUAAAGGAAUAA